CUCCCGUCCAAAAAUGGAAAAUCGAAAACGCCAUGGCUCAUUCGCGCCAUGGCUUCCACAGCUCCGCCUCCCCAGGCCUCGUUCUCUCUCUUCGCCGGCCGGAGGAGAUGCGCCGCCGCCGCCGCAGGCAGGCACCGCGCGGGGAGGCGGGACCGGCGCGGGCGUUCCCGGACGCCGCCGCCUGCGGGUUUCCGCGACGCAGGGCCCACAGGAGCCGCGGCCGCCGCCGGGAGUGGACACGAGGAUCCACUGGGAAAACGAGGACGAAGGGUGGAUCGGAGGCGGCGACGGCUCGAGGUCGGAGGAGGGCGGGAAGCAGUUGGGCGCGGAGGAGGAGCAGAGGAAUCUCUUGGGGGAGAAGUUCGCCGAUUUGCUCAACGAGUCCGCUGAUUCCCACUACCAGUUCCUAGGAAUUUCAGCCAAUGCUGAUCUGGAAGAAAUCAAAGCCGCUUACCGGAGACUAUCGAAAGAGUACCAUCCAGACACGACUUCCCUUCCAUUAAAAACUGCGUCAGACAAGUUCUUAAAACUGAGGGAAGUUUAUGACGUGUUGAGCGACGAAGAGAGCCGGAGAUUUUAUGACUGGACGCUCGCGCAGGAGGCCGCAAGCCGGCAAGCGGAGAAAAUGAGGAUGAGGUUAGAGGAUCCUUAUGAGCAGGACUUGCAGAACUACAAGCCUGUACCGGAUAUGGUUGAUCGGCUCAGCGGGAGGAACAUGGAUUUGAGUGACCAGGCCAUGUCAGCUCUCACAUUCGAUGUGUUCAUUAUCAUCUUUGCAAUAUGCUGCAUCAUUUAUGUUAUAUACUUUAAGGAACCGUACUAUUAGGUUGUUCUUGAGAAGUUUAUGUACAUUACAGCAACUCACUAUUUUCAGCAUACUCAAAGAAGCAGGAUUUAACAUGUAUACAAAAUUCCAUCCUGCAUAUAUCAA